AUGUGUGAUUUUUCAGACAAAAAGGCGAAUGUGGCAUCUGCGGCUGCCUCCUUACUCGCUCACUAUCCUCCUCGGAGAGGUAGAUGUACUCUGGAUGGUAUUCUAGAAUUGUGUAAAUGGAGAGAUUCAGAAGCUGUUUUAGACAUCAUAAAUGAAGAAAUAUCACCAACAGAAACAUCAUGGCCUGUUAUAAUGUGUCCAUCGUCCACAACCCAAUUGCAGUCUUCAACGCACCAUCGCUUUAUCGCAUCGGAAUAUAAUAGAGUUGCUGACAGUUAUCGUUGCCCAGUAUGCAAUGAAUAUGUGUGUAACAAUGAGGUUAUUGAUAUGUUACCCAAGACAACGGGAGUACUUCGGCAAGUUGAGUCUUCGGCGAAUUCUACAUUUGGCGAGUAUGCUCAUAAAUAUUAUGGAAAAGAUUGCACAGCUUCCGUAUACACUUGGGAAUGUGACCCAGAGAAUAGGAACACUGUCAUGGGUCUUGCUUUAAUGAUUAAGAAUCGUUAUAAAACUACAGAUGACACUAGCUCGGGGGAUUUUAGCAAACAGGGAGCGCGUGGUGUAUGGCAGAGCGCCCAUGUGGGUGUUGUGGACAUUUCCACAGGUACGUAUCACUUUCAGAGUUCAUUUUAUCUGGAUAUUGCUCUUCCUUUAUGUUCAGCAGAAACUAUGGCGGGCCCCCGAGCACGGUUCAAUGGGAAUGUGGCGUCAACAAUGUUUUGUUUUGAGCGUCACGCCACAGUAACACCGCUAAAGCUGGACGACCUUAUAGCCUCUAUUGGAGAACAAGUACAAUCAACUGAAAACAGUUUUCGUAGUCGUCUUGUUGAGAUAUACUUUGGAAAGGCAGAGUCAGUUGCCCAUGGGAUUCGCACGGCACCUCAGACUGCAGUUUCCAUAUCGCCUCAAAAUAAGAGCGAAGAACAUCCUGGUCGUUUUCAACCAUCAGAAACUCCUUUAGUAUCAACCAUUGACAGUGGGCGCAGGCACAAAACAGAUUCAGACCUUAAUACUCAACGACAAUUGGAUCAAGUUUGUAAUCUAAGUAAACCGAAAGAUAAAAGUGAACUGUACUAUCCAUUACAAGAUGAAGAUGUCCAAGUUGAUGAAUGGAUUAAAGUGUACGAUGACCAAGGAAAUCCUUAUUAUUAUAAUGAAGAAACAGGCGAAACUUUAUGGAAUAAACCUUCUAACGAGACUAUUGUAUUGGGUAUUCUCCAGAGUUUAAAUCUGGCGAAUCCGCCAGAAAAGUACUAUCGAAAGAUGAGAAAAUAUUUUAGACAUUACGGCAUGCCAUUUAAUCUUAGCGCGUUCCUAUCACUAAUAAAUGAUGACCAAAUACUUGAACUAGAUGAUGGUUCGACAGUAACUGCGUUAGAAUAUCUUGUGCCUGUCUAUGGUGACCGCCGCAAAAUACACGUAUACAUAUCUCAAACCCAGCAAAACAGUCUGUCAAAAUAG